UAACUCCCCUCCUCUCUCUCCACUCCUGGGAAUUCCAGCAUUUGCCUCCCUCUUUCCUGCAGUUUCAUUUGCUUCCUUAAUUGACCUAAAUAAAGCUUAUGACUGACAAGGCACUUCUAGGGCCCCCAGGCAAACACUACUAAGCAGAGCAGUGAACUCAUCGAGAGUAAUUCUCCUUUAUUUUCCUUGAAUAAUCCAAUUUGCUGAUCGUGCUCGUCCAAUCGGAGAAUUCUUUAAAACGUUUAACUUGCCUGACAUUUUGUUCCAUUAUUGUGCUUUUUUUGUCUGUGUGUGUGCCUCAGAAGAGAUCUGCACUUGCAGGAGCUAUGUGAAGGGAUCGCUAGGGAAGCCAAGCAGUAGAAGCUCCUUACAGCAUCCAUUGGAAAGGAGAAGGCAAAUCGGUGGACAAAGCGGAGCUUCACCAGGACACCCUGCAGACACCCAUCAACCUUCUCCAUCUCUACCCAUCAAAGGGGGAGGCUGUGUACCCCCUUUAGCCAAGAUGCCUGAUGACUCUACGGAGAACCAGGGAUCCACCUCCACCAGGGUGUCUUCAUUCUUCAUUGAGAAUUUAUUGGGGACAGAAACUAAGGAGGAGAAGAAGCACCCUGGCCAGGACGAUGGCCACAUUGUGCAGCAGAGAGGGUUAGCUGGCAGCCAUUACAAUUCAGUAUGCUGCCAGGUCUCUCCAUACAACUACAGCUCCCAUGGCAGCUACCCUCUUCGAGAAAACACUAUGGAGUGGUAUAGGAGAGCACAGGCUACUUACAUAGGAUGUACCAGCCCUGAAACAAGUGAUAGAGAUUCUCCUGAGAUCUCUGAAGGAGCAGAGAGACAAUACAGGGGAUACAGAAAACAAAAAGAAGAAGAUAAGAAAGAGGACUUUCAGUGCAAGGAGGAGGAGAAGACAGAACUCCAGGACUCUGAUCAGCGGUCUUCUCGCAAAAAGAAGACCCGCACGGUCUUCAGUAGAAGCCAGGUCUUCCAGCUGGAGACCACCUUUGACAUGAAGAGAUACCUCAGCAGCUCAGAAAGAGCUGGUCUUGCAGCCUCCCUCCACCUCACAGAGACACAAGUCAAAAUCUGGUUCCAAAACCGAAGGAACAAGUGGAAAAGACAACUUGCUGCUGAUCUGGAAGCUGCCAACAUCUCCCACACAUCACAAAGGAUAGUAAGGGUACCCAUUCUAUACCAUGAAAACUCUGCUGCCACCUCUAUGGGAUUCAGCCUCCCUCAUAUCUCCCCUCCUUUGGUGGGGUUCUCCAACCCAGUAAACUAUCCUCUUGCAACUUUUCCAAAUGCAGUACCCUUUAUAAGAUCACAAAUGACUGGACUGGUUUGAAAAUUUAGAAUUUGCUCUGAAUUUUUCCAUGGCUUUUUUAUGAACUACAUAUCACUAUCUAUAUUAAACUUGAUUUAUGCAUUUGAAUAUAAAAUGUGCAAUAAUAACAAUAAUUAUGAAUCACAAAGACAGCACGAUACAGCCUUUAAACUUCUCUUUUUUUUUGUAAUUCCAAAGAAAUUCUUGUAGCAAUUAUUUGGAGCAUAAUAUUAUAUUCAAAAAUUACAAAUGGAACAGAGACCCAACUGUGGAAUUGUACACCAGUGACCCAGAAAAUAUGAUGUAAACUUUAAUUCACAUAGGGAGAUGUCUUCUAAUCUCCAAAAUAGCACGAGAAGAAUAUUAAGCUUCUACAAUUAUACUGGACAAUUUGGAUAAGGUGUUCGUCAUCCUCAACAUAUCCUUAAUAUGUAUUUUGGUUUUACAUUUACUAAAAAAAUCAGUUACUUUAAUUAGGAAAGAAAUGGGAAAUAUGAUACAGUCUACUGCAUAUAUCCAAAUAAACUGCCACCAUUAGCCUAUGGCUUUUCGAGGGGGGGGGGGGUAUGUUUUUUUUAAAAAGUUUCAGCGAUACUUGACAUUCAAAAAUUAACUACGGUAUUUCAGUGGGUUUAAGGACACAAGCCCUGGACAAUCAGAAAAAAAGACUGGUUUCUUUUUUUAUAUCGUUAUUUUUUACGGGUGCGUUCACAGUACAAAUUGGUAAAGGCGUGCCUUGCAAGAAAAUAAAUUAUCUUUAAGACUGA